CAAAUAAACAAAAAUUGCGUCGCCCGCUCAAAAGUUUAUUUUUAAUUAUCUGUUUUUAUAGUUUAUUUACAAUCUCAGCACCCAAGCUGGCUCUAUAAAUAGUGUUGAGAAUUUAUAUUUUUCAAAAAUAUAAGUGUACUGCUUGAAGGAUUUGGAACUGGAUGACACAUUUCUUGAUAAGGCGACAAAGCUCCAAAGUCUAACAAAACGUUGUCGUCACGAAAUUACGAAAUUCCCAGCCAACAGGAGCCCUCCACGUAGCAGCAAAGUUAAAGGUCAAAGAUGCCCAUCGAUACCCGGGAACUGAUGGAGGCGAUUGCCAUUGUGGCGGACGAGCGCAAUGUCCGGGUGGCCGUUAAGCAGUCCGGCAAGGGAGCCGCCAUUUGUGCCGCCUGCUCCUUCGCUGGCGGCAUGCUCCUCGGUCCUGUGGGCCUGGCGGUGGGCGGAGCUGCUGGUGGAAUUGCCGCCUACAAGAUGACCAGCGGAACCUUCCGUCCGCUGGGAGAGAUCCUGCUGAACGAUCUAACCGACGACCAGAAGGAACAGCUGGUGAAUCACGUCUCCAGGGCCGUGGCUGAGAUCCAUCCCACCGACGUGGUGAUGCUACUGCCACUGAUCGUCCAGAACGCCUCCAUACAGCAGGCGGUGCUCAACACGGUCAUGUCGUUCGUGACCAACGAACUGCGCAUGCAGAUCGUCGACUGACCGCCAUCCUGUGGCCAAGUCGAUCCUCGAGAGACCUGUGACUUGAAUGUGGCUUGUGAUUUGUAUAAGUUUAUUAAUAAAUACUCGUCUAUAUGUA